AUGGUUCCGAAGUCGAAAGGAAAGAAACGUUCGGACAUGAAAAAAAGCUUGUCGCCCCUAAAAGUAGGUGGCAGAGAUAUACCAGCAAUCCAAGUGGCUACAACUUCCAAAGAACCUGUUCAUCUGCCAACGGAGGUUACUCCAGCAAAACCAAAGAGAAGAAAGUGUUUAAAAUAUCUUUACAAUAGAGAGAAUAAAACAUUUUGUGGACGAACCUGUAAAAGUUGGCUGGCAAUAGUGUGUUAUUCCAUCAUGUACAUUUUGUUCUUGAGUACGUAUACGUUGAUAUUUCUUUUUGGAAGUUUAACAGCUCUCAAAUACACUUCUAAUUAUCAAACAGUCGAUAAAGCAGAGCUACUGACUUACGGGGAAAAUGGUAUAGGAUUAUCAGCCACUCCUGCCUCAGUAAACGGUGUCCCUUUAAUUUGGUACAGAAGUGGAAAGUCAGAGGACUAUCAGAAGUAUACCAGCGCUCUCGAUAGAUUGCUACAAAAGAAUCGAAGGAAAAGGGAACUCAAUAAUACUGAUUUGGGCCCUUGUGCAUAUCCUCCAUAUGGUUUCGGUGAUCAACCGUGCAUUAUUAUAAAAAUAAAUAAACAAUUAAAAUGGAAAGGAAAUCCUUUAGAACCUAACUCGGCCCGAGCUAAUAACGCUCCAACCGAAGUGAAGAAAUGGCUGAGGUCAGAUAAAAAGAUGUUAUGGCUUCACUGCACCGGAUUUCAUUCGUACGAUAAAGAGCAUGUUGGACAUAUAAAAUAUUACCCAGAUCCCCCGGGAUUUGACCCAGAUAUAUUCCCUUUAGAUAUGCAAAGCAAGUCUCCUCUAGUUGCUGUGCAAAUAUCUAAUUUUACAGUUGGUAUUUCGUUAGCAAUUGAGUGCAAGCUUUGGUAUGACAAAGGACCCUCGUCCGUUGAUUUUAUAUUGUAUGUGGCUCCUGAUAUUAGGACAGAAAUUCAGUAG